AUGGCCACCGCUGUGCCGCGCACCGCCGGCUCGGACGGGUCCGUGGUUGACGUGGAGAUGGUAGAGGCGAGCGAGAUCCGGCGGCGGACCAGGCCAGGCGACCGCGUGUCUCCGCCCGGCGACUGGGGAGAGUGGCACGACCGCGACGUCGCUCAGGGUGACCAGCUGGCGUCCCUGGAGCGCGUGUUCGCGGACCAGCGUGUGCCGUCGUGGCGUGAGCAGCUCACGGUGCGCGCCUUCGUGGCGAGCUUCUUCUUGGCCGUCAUGUUCAACAUCAUCGUCAUGAAGCUCAACCUCACCAUCGGCGUCAUCCCCUCCCUCAACGUCUCUGCCGGCCUCCUCGGCUUCUUCUUCGUCCGCCUCUGGACGUCGGCCAUCGAGAGGAUGGGGUUCCUCAAGCAGCCCUUCACGCGCCAGGAGAACACUGUCAUCCAGACCUGCGUCGUCGCCUCCUACGGCAUCCCCUACAGCGGGGGCUUUGGUAAUUACCUAUUGGCCAUGAGCGACAGAAUCGCUUCGCAGGCAACAGAGGCAAAUAACCCUCAAAAUAUCAAGAAUCCGCAUCUUGGAUGGAUAAUUGGCUUCCUCUUCCUGGUCAGCUUCAUCGGGCUCUUCGGUCUUGUGCCCCUGAGAAAGAUUAUGAUCAUUGACUACAAGCUGACCUAUCCAAGUGGCACUGCAACUGCCUAUCUCAUAAACGGCUUUCACACACCCCAUGGUGCCAAGAUUGCAGAGAAGCAAGUAAAGAAACUGGGUAAAUUCUUGGUUCUCAGCUUCUUAUGGGGUUUCUUUCAGUGGUUCUACACAGCCACUGAUGAAUGUGGAUUCCAGAAAUUCCCAUCAUUAGGGCUGCAAGCUUUCAACAACAGAUCCUUCAAAUUUGCAAAGCACACACAUUCCUAUAUUCACUUUAACCGAACUUUUUUUUUUGCAAGGUUUUACUUUGACUUCUCUUCUACCUAUGUCGGAGUUGGAAUGAUUUGCCCACAUAUUGUCAACGUAUCUAUUCUAUUGGGAGGCAUUCUCUCGUGGGGAAUAAUGUGGCCUCUUAUAGCCAAUAAAAGAGGCAGUUGGUUCUCCGCCGAUCUGCCUGAGAGUAGUCUCCGUGGAAUGCAAGGUUACCGGGUCUUCAUAGCCAUUGCCUUGAUUCUUGGCGACGGCCUCUAUCACUUUCUCAAGAUGCUCAUUCUGACGGUCUACUCAUUAAGAUCUCGACUCAAGACGGGCAACGCUGGUCCAUUUCCUGUCUCUGAUGAUGAAACAUGUUACGGUACUGCAGCUAUCUCAUAUGAUGAGCAGCGGCGCAAAGAACUAUUUCAAAAGGAUCAAAUCCCCUGGUACAUUGCAUAUGGAGGUUACGUUGCUGUUGCCGCUGUAUCUAUUGGCACGGUCCCGCAGAUAUUCCCUCAGCUGAAAUGGUACCAAAUAUUGGUAGCCUAUAUGGUAGCGCCGAUACUUGCCUUCUGCAAUGCCUAUGGAGCUGGCCUCACUGAUUGGUCUCUUGUUACAACUUAUGGGAAGCUUGCAAUCUUUGCUUUCGGUGCAUGGACAGGUGCUUCAAAUGGAGGUGUUCUUGCCGGCCUGGCUGCCUGUGGUGUGAUGAUGAGUAUUGUUUCUACUGCUUGUGAUCUGAUGCAGGACUUCAAAACAGGAUACCUGACACUAGCCUCACCAAGGUCAAUGUUCAUCAGCCAAAUCAUAGGCACUGCAAUGGGUUGCGUCAUUGCUCCCUGUGUUUUCUGGCUUUUUUACAAGGCCUUUGAAGAUGUUGGGAUCAGUGGAAGUGAGUACCCUGCACCAAAUGCUGCCAUCUUCCGCAGCAUGGCAAUACUAGGUGUCGAUGGCUUCUCAUCACUGCCAAAGAACUGCCUUACUCUCUGCUACAUAUUCUUUGUUGGAGCAAUCGUUGUCAACUUGAUAAGAGAUCUUGUUCCCAAGAAGGUAUCGAGAUUUAUGCCAAUUCCAAUGGCGAUGGCGAUACCAUUCUACCUAGGACCAUAUUUCGGCAUCGAUAUGUUCAUUGGGACGGUGAUCCUUUUUGUCUGGCAAAGGCUGGACAGAGUCAAAUCAGACACAUAUGCACCUGCAGUUGCUUCCGGCUUGAUUUGUGGUGAUGGAUUGUGGGUUUUGCCCCAGUCAAUGCUUGCUCUUGCUAAGGUGAAACCUCCAAUCUGCAUGAAGUUCCUGUCAAGAGGGGUGAACGCCAAGGUGGAUGCUUUCAUCGCAACAUUAUCGUAG